AUGGCCGCCACCGCCAUGGCCAGCCCCACGCCCACCAUCGAGAAGCGCGCCACCACCUGGUGCGACUCCUUCGGCUCCCUCGCCACCGGCGCCUACACCGUCUACCACAACAACUGGGGUGCUGCCCAGGCCACCUCCGGCUCUCAGUGCACCACCUUCAACUCCCUGAGCUCCGGCUCCGUCUCUUGGUCUACCUCUUGGACCUGGGCUGGCGGUCAGGGCCAGGUCAAGUCCUACUCCAACGUUGCUCUGGAGAAGGUCAACAAGCAGCUCUCUGCCAUCAAGUCCAUCCCCUCCAAGUGGACCUGGAGCUACACUGGCUCCAACAUCGUCGCUGAUGUCGCCUACGACCUGUGGCUCGCCCCCUCCGUCGGCGCCAACAACAAGUACGAGAUCAUGAUCUGGCUCGGCUCCUACGGCGGUGCCGGCCCCAUCUCCAGCACGGGAUCCAAGAUCGCCUCCCCCAAGAUCGCCGGCACCACCUGGAGCCUCUUCUCCGGCCCCAACGGCGACACCACCGUCUUCUCCUUCGUUGCCCCCAGCAACAUCGCCAGCUUCAACGGUGACCUGAAGGGCUUCUUCGACUACCUCGUCUCCAGCCAGGGUGUCGCCAACACCAACGUCGUCACCUCCCUCCAGGCCGGUACCGAGCCCUUCUCCGGCACCAACGCCGUCUUCAAGACCUCCGCCAUCUCCAUCUCUGUCUCCUAA